CAAGUCGGUGUUACUAUGGCUGCCAAAUGGAGUUGCCUUAUCUAGCUGGGGUGUUCCGCAUCCUUCAAAGAUUGGUUUUUCAUCCUUGCAAGCAUUCCCACCAUUGGUUCGAGGAGCCCAAGUUCAGCGAACGCCAUCGGGGAAAGCGCCGGAGAUGGGUGUCACUGUUGUGCUCGGCUCCCAGUGGGGAGACGAAGGCAAAGGAAAACUCGUCGACAUUCUCUCUGCAGACUUCGACAUCUGUGCAAGAUGUGCAGGAGGUAACAACGCUGGUCACACCAUCGUGGCUCCUAUCGGGCCACAGAACGUCCCAACUACAUUCGCCUUCCAUCUGCUCCCGAGCGGUAUCGUGAACGCCGGAUGCGUCGGUCUCGUAGGCAAUGGAGUCGUUAUUCACCUCCCCUCAUUUUUCGAAGAACUUGACACACUCGAACGCCAAGGGCUGAAAUGUAGCGACCGUGUGUUUGUCUCUGACAGAGCACAUCUAGUCUUCGAUUUCCACCAGAUUGUCGAUGGUCUCAAGGAGGUCGAACUCGGAGGUUCGAGCAUUGGCACUACCAAGAAAGGAAUUGGCCCCGCAUACUCCAGUAAAGCAUCCCGCUCGGGACUUCGUGUCCACCAUCUAUUCGAUCACGGUACAUUUGCCGGGAAAUUCCGCAAACUCGUAGAAGGCCGCUUCAAGCGUUAUGGCCAUUUUGAAUAUGACACCGAAGCUGAGAUAGAGCGUUACAAGCGUCUGGCGGAACGGCUAAAGCCGCACGUUGUGGACAGCGUUUCCUAUAUUCAUGGUGCUUUGGCAUCUCAGAAGAAGGUAUUGGUAGAGGGUGCCAAUGCACUUAUGCUCGAUAUCGAUUUUGGGACAUAUCCUUAUGUCACGUCCUCGUCUACGGACAUCGGAGGUGUGUGCACGGGCCUCGGGAUUCCCCCGAAAGCGAUCGGACAUACCAUUGGCGUCGUCAAAGCGUAUACCACGCGUGUGGGUGGUGGCCCCUUCCCCACCGAGCAGCUCAACGAUGUCGGGGUGCAUUUCCAAGAAGUCGGCAGGGAGUACGGUACUACCACUGGCCGUAGACGCCGUUGUGGCUGGCUGGACUUGGUAGUCAUGAAGUAUUCCUGCCUGAUCAAUGGCUAUGAUUCUCUAAACCUCACUAAGCUGGAUGUCUUGGACGACUUGUCGGAGAUCAAAGUGGCAGUGAAGUAUACUGUUGACGGGAAGGACCUUUCACACUUCCCUGCUGAUCUGGAUGUGCUUUCUGGAGUGGAGGUGGUAUACAAGACUCUCCCAGGCUGGAAGACUUGUAUCCGAUCUGCGGCGUCCUUUGAGGAGUUGCCUGAAAACUGCCAGAAGUACGUAGAGUUUAUCGAAGCAUUCCUAGACAUACCGAUCGAGUGGAUUGGUAUUGGGCCUGGCAGAGAGCAUAUGCUGAGGAGACAGGGGAAGGUGCUGGUGAAUUAAAUAUAAAUAUGUAAAUAGAAUAUGUAUUUCUCUCACGCCACGGGCAGGCUAUCAGUGUGUGGCAUUGUUUGUACGCGCAU